AUGAUGGUCCUAUUUUUUACCACUAGUAUUCAAGAUCCAACCCGCGUGUGUGGGAGCUACGAGAUAUUUGGGACAGGAAUAAGGGCAAACUCCCAAGACGAAUACAAGCAAUGGAAACGUCGGUAUCAACAAAGUGGCGUACCUUUCCUCGCGGAAGCCGUUGAUCAAAUGAUUGUCAUCAUGCCAACCAGAGGUCCAAUGAUCCUUGAGAUGAGUAAGUGA